GGCAAUGGACUUUUCGCAACCAAGGACAUACCAACGGGAUCCACGAUAUUGCUCAAGACACGUCCUAUGAUUGCCGAAUUAGAUUUGGAGCGACUGCAGGAUACUUGCCACAACUGUUUCAUGCGGUCACAAAAAGCUGUUUGCCAGAAGCAGACUUGGACCAGAUACCACAAGUUUGAAUGUAAGAUGAUGAGAGACCCAAGACUUCCACCCAUACCCUACUCUGUACGAGCGGCAUUGCAAUUAGCAUUCCUUAUUAACAGUGAUGCUGUAUCUGAGGAAGAGAAGGCAGGUAUACAUCGUCUUGAAGCUCAUGAUCCAUCUACACUCGAAAGGUCUCAGGACGUCAUGCAGUACGAGAUGACUAUAGCAUCAGCAAGUGAUCUCCUUGCCCGCGUAAAUCCCAAUCAUCCCGAAUUGUCCAGAAUACCAAAAUAUCAGAUCCUUCGAAACUCGUUGACUCUGAUCACACCUAAUCUGGACCCUAUCGGUGUAGCGACAGACCCCCUGGCAUGCUCAGCAAAUCACUCUUGCGACCCUAAUGCAAGUGUUCUGUUCGACGCACCUAGACUCAUGAUGCGCUCCUUAGCGCCUAUCAAAAAAGGUGAAGAAGUGGAAAAUGCUUGGGCAAAGCCAUUGGCAAAUCUUGCUCCUAAAUGGUCGAGCCUCGCCAAGGUCAUGGACAGUCGCGAGCACUAUUCAGCCGAGCCAGCAAACUAUGUGGGUGAGAGCAGAGCUGAGAUGGACAUGGCAAUUAUCCAGGGCUCAGUAUACAGUGACUACGAACCCAUUUGCCAACAAAAGGACAACAAACUCGCCAUCGAAGCGCUUGAGAACAUUAUGCGAACUUGCAAGCAAUCAGAAAUGUGGCCCAUCACCCGACAGCCAUAUGCGAACAUCCGAGUGGACAUCGCCGCUCGCAUGCUUGACGAAAACCGAGUUGCCCUUGCUCUGUUCCAAAUGGCAAAGACAUACUUCCUCAUCGACCCAAUCUUGUAUCCGCAAGACUUCCAUCCCAUCAGAGUGGUCCACACUUGGAACCUAGCG